CGCAUCUGCUGCACAACAACAAGCAAGCAACAAGCAAGCAACAAGCAACAAACACUGAUCGAUCGCCACACCCCCUCCUCCUCCUGCCCUCUCUCUCUCUCUCCCUCUCUCACGCACACUUACGUGACACUCUCAGCUUCGUUUGUGGAUGGGGCGCCGACGGUCUGGGUUAGGCCGAGUUCGAGAUUUACGAAGCAACAUGGAGUUGGAGCCACUCAACACCAACAACGGGGGUUCCUCCACAACCACCUGGAUGGAAGAUCCGCCUGGGUUUUCGGACGACGGCGAUGACAUGACACGCAGCAGCAGCAGCGGAAGCGCAGAGCAGUACGUGCCGGCCAAGAAGCAGUUGACGGAGCACACAAAGCCAGUGCACGCGCUCGAGUUUGCCUCUGACGGCCGCACCAUCAUCAGCGCGAGCGCAGACACCCUGGCCAAGAUCUGGGACCUGCCAUCCGGCAAGUGCCUGCACACGCUCACGGGCCACACGGAUGCCGUCACCUGCGCAGCCAUCAGCCAAAACGUCAAGUUUGCAGUGACCGGCAGCAAGGACGGCACGGCCCGCGUGUGGAACGUGGAAACGGGCGCGUGUGAGACCGUCAUCAAGCAGGCGAACACCGCCGGUCGCGCCGUGCUCUCCAUCAACAUCACCCCGGACGCGAAGCACGUCAUCUUGGGCUCCAACACGGGCACGGUCAGCAUCCACGAGCGGCAGGGCGGCGCCCUCGUCGCCAAGCUGGAGGGCCACGCGGAGGCCGUGCUUGGGAUUGCCGUCUCGCCAAACGGUGCCUUCAUCAUCAGCAGCAGCGAGGACAAGACCAUCCGCGUGUGGGACGCAGACACCACCGUGUGCCUGCGAAAGAUGACGGGCCACGGUGGCAGCGUCAACGCCGUCGUCGUCAGCCCAGACGGCCAGUUCAUCGUCAGCGGCAGCAAGGACGAGACCAUCAAGGUGUGGAGCCUGGCCACGGGCGACUGCCUGCGCUCCAUGAAGGGCCACGUCGACGACAUCUACGACGUUGCCAUCACCCACGACGGCCUCUUUGUCGUCAGCGCCAGCAACGACGACACCGUGCGCGUGUGGAGCUUCCACACCGGCGCCUGCCUGCAGGUUCUGCGCGGGCACACGGACGUGGUCCUCAGCGUGGCCGUCAGCCCCGGUGGCUGGCACAUUGUCAGCGGCGGCGGCACCAAGCUGCACCUCAAGGACACGUCCGUGCGCGUGUGGAGCCUGGCCACGGGGGCGCGCCAGCGGGUGUUGCACGGGCACACGGCAAGCGUCAAGGCCGUCGCCGUCAGCCAGCGCUCAGACCUCGUUGUCUCCGCCAGCAACGAUGGCACGGCAAAGGUGUGGGACCUGGCCACGGGCGCGUGUGUGCACACGUUUGACGGUCACACGGACUACGUGCGCGGGGUUGCGCUCAGCCCCGACGACAGCUUCACGGUGACGGGCAGCUGCGACACGACGGUGCGCGUGUGGGACAACGCCACGGGCGCCUGCAUCAAGGUGCUUGAGGGCCACACGUUCACCGUGGCGGCGCUCGCCGUCGCCGCAAACAGCAAGACCAUCGCCAGCGGCGGCUGGGACAGCACCAUCAAGCUGUGGUCGUGGCCGGACGGUGCAUGCACGCACACGCUGCAGGGCCACGGUGGCAAGAUCCUGGCCCUGUCGCUGGGGCCAACGCCUACCACGCUCCUCAGCGCAAGCGAGGACUGCACCGUGAAAAUGUGGGAGAUGAACACGGGCCGCUGCUCCCUUACGCUCGAGGGCCACACGGACGCCGUGAACGGGGCCGUGGCCACACCGGACGGCAAGUUCGUGGUGAGCGGCAGCGACGACGGCAGCCUGGUGCUGUGGGACCUGGACAUGGGUGGCGCCCCCGUGCGCAAGCUGCUCGGGCACGCGGGCCGCGUGUACUCCGUGGACGUGAGCCGUGACGGCAAGUACCUGCUCAGCGGGUCCUGGGACAAGACAGCGAAGGUGUGGGAUCUGCAGAGCGGCGAGUGCCUGCGCACGUUUGGGGAGCAUGGCGACCGUGUGCGCUGCGGCGUGCUGAAGGGCAGCGACGUGGUGGUGCUUGCGGUCGGCAGCAAGGCCCGGUGCGCCACGCUCAACCUGUGCUUCGACUACCCGACCGUCGCCUACAACAAGGAGGCCAACAUGGACGGCUUCCUCACAGACACGGACCAGCACGUGGACGCGUACUCGCUCAGCUUCGUGCAGCCGCUGCUGGCCGAGGGCGCCAGGCAGGGCCGCGUGGACAACAUUGCGUCGCUCACGGACCGCAACCCGCCCAUUGCCAUCGACUUUCGCUCCCUGCUCAGCGCCGCGCUGGACUCGCACGCGGAGGACGCGGUGCGACUGGUGGUGGACCUCAUCAUCCAGGCCAUCCGCCACACGCUGCGUGGCGAGCCGGGCCUGUUCUGGUCGCCCGAGGUCAACCACAGCAUCCACAUUGAGCUUGCGCGGCUGGUGCAGCGGUUCCCGUCGCUGGUGGAGGUGCUCAUGACCUCGUGCCCGCUCGUGCCCUCCAGCGCAGCCGCCAUCUCCUUCUUCUCCGUGUCGGAGUUUGUGGGCAGCGAGCAGGACAACGCCGGCUACAUGGAGUUUUGCCCCUGCGACUACCUCGACUACCCAGCCUGGUCUCGCAUGCAGGCGAAGGAGAGCACGACGCGCGUGGAGCUCCGACCCGUUCUUCCGCGCCCGCCAACGGCGCUGCGGCGCAAGAAGACGGUGACGCGCAAUAGCCUGACCACGCCCCCGCUGCUGGACCCGGACGAUGCUGGGCACCAGCAGGCCAUGACCACCGUGGAGAACCUCGUGCUCCCCUUUCCCGAUUUGGCAGGCAGCGAGGCGUGCGGCGUGGACUUCCUGCACGAGCUGCUGCGCACGGGCCGGUCGGACACGUUUGCCGGCAUUGUGCCGCAGAUGCUGGUGGAGUACCGCUGGCGCUGCUUUGGGCAACGCAUCCACUUGCGCAACCUCCUCGUGUACAUGGUCGCCCUGGCCCUGUUUGUCACCAUGGGGUUCCUGGGCCAGUACCUGGAGGGCACCUCUGUAACCGACUUCAACGAGGGCCGGCGAGACGAGGCCAAGCCCGCAGCCAUUGUCGUGGGCGCGUGUCUGCUCGCCGUGACCACAUACCACGCGGUGCGCGAGAUUCGCCAGGCGUGGAUGGAGCGCGCUGGGCUGUACUACCUCAAGUCUGUGUGGAACUGGCUGGACAUGCUUCGCAUCAUCAUGUCGUACGUGGGGGUGAUUGCGCUCUUUGUGGACGCGCACAAGACCUCCCGCUUCUUCUUUGCCAUCGGCAGCUACGUGUUCUGGUUUGGCAUCCUGUUCUUCCUGCAGGCCUUCUCCUCCACAGGCCCGCUGGUGCGCAUGGUGAUUGAGAUUAUGGUUGGCAUGCGCUGGUUCCUGCUCGUGCUGGGCAUUGCGCUGCUCGCCACCGCCAACGUGUUUGUGCUGCUGGUGGAGGAGACGCCGGCACCAAACGGGUACGAGGACGUGGCCGACGUGCUGCUGACCAUGUUCCGGCUACUUAUGCUGUCGGACCUUGAGCUGCUCAACUUCUCCGCGGGCUCGUACACCAUCCCGCUGAAGCUGGUGUGGGUGCUCACCAUGAUCCUCGUGCCGAUUGUGCUGCUGAACCUGCUGAUUGCCCUGAUGAGUGACAGCUACGAGCUCAUCCAGGACAAGGCCGUGGUGGAGUUCCAGCGCCUGCGCGCACAGAUUAUCCGCGAGCAGGAGAUUUUCUUCGACAGGAGCGCGUUCCAGCGCAAGGACUGGUAUCCGCGCUUCCUGCACGUGCUCCUGCCGCGCGGCCGCAACACCGGCGGCGCAGACUCGUCGCAGUGGCAGGGCGUGCUGCACGCACUCCGCGGGGACAUGCACGAGCUGGCGACGACAACCAAUGAGCGCAUUGAUGCCACGGAGGCGAAGGUGGACCGCUUGCUUGAGAAGGUGAACAGCGCCAACGAGAGGCUGACGCAGCAGCUCAACGACAUCCGUCUUCUUCUCCACAGGCCCAGCACCCGCGCCCCGAGGACGUGAGACGAUGAUGGUGGAUGGGUCGAUCGAUGGUUGGAUCGAUGGAUCGCGUGCAUCUGUAUUUUUGUUUUGAAAUGGACUUGCUUGUUUCUUUCCAGAGUCGCGAUUCUUGUUUAUUUUGUCUCUGUGUCUGUGUGUGUGUGUGUGUGUGUGUGUGAGGAGAGAGACUGCGUGUG